ACAGCGUUUGACAGUUUCCUAUUGCAGUUCCAUGCGUUUUGUAUAUUUAGUAGUAUUUUAUGGUUACUGUUACAAGAAAUUUAAUUUUAAUUUAGAUUUAUAUAAAACAUGACUAAGGCAAACAUUGAAUUAGGGAAUGUUACACCACACAACAUUAAGCAACUGAAGAGGUUAAACAGUGUGGUUUUCCCGGUAUCAUAUAAUGAUAAAUUUUACAAAGAUGUUCUGGAGGCAGGGGAACUGGCCAAGCUAGCAUACUACAAUGACAUAGUUGUUGGGGCUGUGUGUUGCAGGAUCGACACUUCAGAGAAGAGUCGAAGAUUGUACAUUAUGACCUUAGGCUGUUUGUACCCCUACCGCAGACUUGGCAUCGGCACACUGAUGGUUGAGCAUGUCCUGAACUUUGUGGAACAAGAUGGAAACUUUGACAGUAUAUUUUUGCAUGUUCAAGUGAGUAAUGAAGGUGCAAUUGACUUUUACAAGAAGUUUGGUUUCGAGGUUGUGGAAACUAAGCAGCAUUACUACAAACGGAUUGAACCUGCUGAUGCUCAUGUUCUGCAAAAGAGCUUAAGGAAACCUCAAACCAAUGGGAUGCACGAAUAAUUUCUUACAGAUUUCGGAGCGGACUCCUCUCGUCCAUUGGAGACAGAUACCAAAAUUUCACCAUCAUUUAUUAUUAUAACGUUCCUUUUAUUUUUUUAAUUUUGUUUCGGCGAGAGAGGGCCGACUUUUCAAAUUAUCUUCGUUUUUUUUUCCUUUCUCUCUCUCUCUCUUCUUAAUACAUCUCAUUAUCAACUGUGUGCUGUAACAUGUGAAUUUAUUAUUUUAUGUUUCGGUCAUUGUAUAUAAUUACCUAAAUAAAUGUUUGUCACUUUUA